UAUUCUUGUCAUCUAGUAGUUCUCGUUGUCAUUUUCUUUUUAUGAAAAACCUAAAAAUUUUCUUUUUAAAUAAAAUAUUCUAAUUUACGAUACUGGAAGAUGAAUUAAGGCAUUGCGAUAGAAUAAAUAUUAAAAAAACUAAUUAAAGGCAUCGACGUUAAACGACGGUGCAUCGUUUUCGACAUGCCCGAACAUUUGGAACUUCAACAAUUGGUUGACAUAUCAGCUGGCAGCGGAGACGAAACCGUUCCGAAUCUUCUGGAGAACAAACGUCCACUACUGAAGAGGUGCCCUUACCUUGGAUUACUGCUCGCGACACUUUCGUCGUUAUUCUUCUCAUUAUGCUCCGUUAUAGUCAAAAGCCUGGUACACAUAGAUCCCUUACAACUUGCCAUGUUCCGCUUCAUUGGGGUCUUGUUACCUACAAUUCCGAUAGUUAUUUACACGGAACAACCAAUUUUUCCUAAGGGUAAACGUUUGUUACUUGCUUUACGUUCUUUUGUGGGUACAGUUGGCUUGAUGUUAAGUUUCUAUGCAUUCCGACAUAUGCCACUUGCUGAUGCAUCAGUCAUUGUAUUUUCAGUCCCAGUUUUUGUGGCAUUAUUUGCUCGGGUAUUCUUAAAAGAGCCAUGCGGUAUGUGGAAUACUAUAUCUAUAAUAUUAACACUUAUCGGAGUGAUACUGAUAACCCAGCCACCAUUGUUAUUUGGCGGUGAAAAACCGCAGCAUUAUAGUAGUCUAUUUGGUGCUGUGGCAGCGUUUAGUUCCACAAUAUUUGGCGCUAAUGCUUAUAUUCUUUUGCGGGUACUUAAAGGAUUGCACUUCUCUGUGAUAAUGACUAAUUUUGGUGGCUAUGCUAUUUUGCAAACAUUUUUUUAUUCUGUUGCCUUUGGAAUUUUGUGUAUGCCAAAUUGUGGUACGGAAAGAUUUCUUGUUGUUUGCCUUGCUCUAUUCAGUUAUUUGGGACAAGUUUUACUUACAAUGUCAUUACAAAUGGAACAAGCUGGCCCUGUAGCUAUUGCCCGUUCUGCAGAUAUAGUAUUUGCAUUCUUCUGGCAGAUAAUGUUCUAUAAUGAGAUUCCUAGUAGAUAUUCAGUUCUUGGGGCUUUUUUAGUAUUAAGUUCAGUUAUGUUAGUAGGUCUGCGAAAAUGGGCUCUUGGGUUACCUGAAGAUUCCGAACUGAGAAAAAAGCUGGGUAUUUUAGCACAAUAAAGAUUUAAUUUCACAUCAAAAAACAUUAGGGUAUAAAAUACCCUUUAUUUAUAAGAAUUAUUUAGAUUAUAAUAAUUGUAUAACUGAAUACAAGUCUAGUCAUCAAAUAUAUCAUUUCUAGUCAUUUUCCAAAUAGUUUUAGUACAUAACAUUGAGAUAUAGAUUAAUUUCAGUUGUUACUCUCUUAUAAAUGUUUGUAUUCAUUAAGGUAUAUAAAACAACAUAAUAUACUCACAAUUUUAUUUAGUGUAUAUAAAUGUAACAGAUACAAUAACUAUUAUAGUACUUUGUAAUUAUACUUUCACCCUAAAAGACUGCUAAUUAAGUCCACUCCUGACAUUGUGUUGUGCUUUUUGCCUUUAUCUCUUGCACAUCUUGUUCCUUGUGGCUUUAAUUCUUAUUAUAUUAUUUUUUAAUCUACAAAUUAUUGUCAGUAUUCUAAAGCUUAUUCCUAUUGAAACCAAAUUACUGAAAUGUAAAGUUAUAAUUUUUUUAGUUGACUAUUUAAAUAAGAGUAAGACAAGUAUGUGAUUGGAAUUAUAUUAUUACAUGAAAGGUUAUGUCAUAUUUGAAGCAAAAGUAGCAGCUACUAUCUAGUCCCUUAGUGUAUAAGAGUCCCAACUGUUUGUUAUACUUUAAAGAUAUUUUUUGUUGUAUAAUUUAUUUGACUUUUAUAAUUUUGUAUACAAGUUUGAAUUUAGAAUUAAGUAUUUAAUAUCAAUUACAUAAUUUAUAAAUUUGAAUAAUUAUGCCGGAUUCACAUGUGUGCACAAAAUAUGCACAAAACUUGAUGUUUGCUUGUGACUUUUAUAAGGCAUGUAGGUUUUUUAUAACUUUCACAUAUCAUUAUUUUUACUUUUUAAAAACACAUUAGAAUCUUUUAUAAUGUGUGUGUCCAUUUUUAUACUUAUUUUUAUGUUUUUUUUUUUAAAUCUAAUGUUAAUUUGAAGGGUUAUAUACAGACAUCUUUAUCCUAGAAACAUAGGUUAUGUUUUACUUUUUUGUCUAAUGAUGUAAGGCUUGUAGUGUAUAUUUAAUGAUUAUUCAUCUAGUCGUUGUAGUAUUUUCAGAUGAUAUACUGAUAUUUACUAGAUUUUAAACAUAGAAUUGUUUGCUUAUUUAUUUAACAGAAGGAGGUAUAUUUAAUUCAAUUAUACAUUUGGUAUCAGUGAAAACUCAUGUUGUUUUUCUGUAUUAGGUAAGCUAUUGUAGCUUUGAAAUUCAUAAUACAUAAAAUUGUUAGCUGACAUACAUAUUAGAUACCGCUGUUCUGUUUGUAUACUGUGUACAUAACAUGUAUGUAAAAUAUAAAACUUAAUGGAUUGUGAUAUUUUACUUUUAGUGUUAUCAAUAUCUAAGUA